UCCUUGCCGCUGCACCUCUGCUUCUUUUCUUUCGGCAACCGCACGCGCUUCCACGCGCUGCGCAAAAUGUUCCUGAAUUUGGACCGACCGUGCUGAAUCCUCGUCGCAAGCGGAAAAGUGUCGCGAUCGUCGUGUGAAAAUGUGUGCGAGGGGGACAGCGGAGUACGACGAGGAACUUUGGGGCCCGAAAGAGGAGAAGGAGCCACAGCUGGUGACCAUAGACAUCGGUAAAGAUCUUCAACCUGAGCGGCAGGAGCCACAGCCCCCUCACAUUAAAGAGGAAGAGGAGGAUGUAGAGGUCCACCACAUUAGAGAGGAAGAGGAAUUGGAGACCACUCGCAUUAACAAAGAGGAGGAAGAAGAGCGCCCCCACAUCAAACAGGAAGAGGAGGAGGAGGAGGAUAUCGCCAAGUUUUCGACUGAUGUCCCUUUGAAGAGUGAAGGUGACGGUCGAAGAGAGGAGAGCAAAAGGGCGGAGCCUCCAAGUAGCAGCUCAAGUCAACGCAUGACAACAGAAGGCGAUGGAGACCCCGAUGGAGGAUCACAACAAGAUGGCCUCUUAGCUCCACUAUCAGACAGUGAUGGCAUGAUGUCACAAUCUCCGAACACUGAUGAAAAUUAUGAUGAUAAACAGUCUGAAGGUGAUAUGGAAAUUCCCACUGACAAGAAACAAUGGAAAUGUUCUCAGCUUGGGAAAACCUUUGCUGACAAGAAGGGUUUGAAAGAACACAAGAUAACACAAACUGGAGAGAAACCUUUUGCCUGCUCAUAUUGCGGUCAAAGAUUCACUCGGAAGCAAACCUUGAAAAUACACACAAAAACACACACUGGCGAGAAACUUUUUUCCUGCUCUUAUUGUGGGCAAAUAUUCUCUGAUAAGGGACAAUUAAAAAGACACACAAGAAGACACACUGGUGAGAAACCUUUUUCCUGUUCAGUUUGCAGUAAAAGAUUCACACAGAAGGGAACCUUGAAAAUACACACAAGAACGCAUACUGGAGAGAAACCUUUUUCCUGCUCAGUUUGUGGUCAAAGAUUCACUCAGAAGGGAGAUUUGAAAAUACACGCAAGAACCCACACUGGUGAGAAACCUUUUGUCUGCUCAGUUUGCGGUCAAAGAUUCACUUAUGAGGGUCAAUUCAAAAUACACACAAGAACCCACACCGGAGAGAAACCUUUUUCCUGCUCAGUUUGUGGCCAAAGAUUCUCACAGAGUAAAACCUUCAAAAUACACACAAGAACACACACUGGUGAGAAACCUUUUUCGUGCUCCGUUUGUAGUAAAAGAUUUACUCAAAAGGGACAAUUAAAAGUGCACUCAAGAACCCACACUGGUGAGAAACCGUUUUCCUGCUCAGUUUGUGGUCAAAGAUUCUCUGUAAAGGGAAGCUUAAAAAGACACACAAGAACCCACACUGGUGAGAAACCUUUUUCCUGCUCAGUUUGCAGUAAAAGAUUCACGAGGAAGGGAGAUUUAAAAAUACACACCAGAACGCACACAGGAGAGAAACCUUUUGCCUGCUCACGUUGCAGUAAAAGAUUCACGAGGAAGGGAGAUUUAAAAGUACACACAAGAACACACACUGGAGAGAAGCCUUUCUCCUGCUCAGAUUGCAGCCAAAGAUUCUCUGAUGAGGCACAAUUAAAAACACUCAAGAACCCACACUGACGAGAAACGUUUUUUUCUGCUCACUUUGUGAUCAUAGGUUCUCUCGUAAGACACACGGGUGCUGGUGAGAAUAGCAGUGAUCAAAGUCUUUUAAUGACGAUGGAAAUGUUUCAUUACAAUGUGAGUGACUUACAAAAAUGUCCAGUCUUUUUUUGUUAGGCUUUGUGUUUUGUGUUCAUUUUUUGUCUAUCUACACACAUACAUAUAUACACACACACACUGAAGGAGGAGUUGAGUGACGCCAUGGAGAAUGACUUCCGGACGGCUUUGAGAAAAUUCUGGUCCACCGUCCGGCGUCUCAGGAGGGGGAAGCAGUGCGCCAUCAACACUGUGGAUAGCGGGGAUGGGGCGCUGCUGCUCUCGACUCGGGACGUUGUGCGUCGAUGGGGAGAAUACUUCGAAGACCUCCUCAAUUCCACCGACACGCCUUCCCGUGAGGGAGCAGAGUCGGGGGUCUCUGGGGUUGAGGUCACCGAGGUGGUUGAAAAGCUCCUCUGUGGCAAGGCCCCGGGGUUGGAUGAGAUUCGCCCGGAGUUCCUAAAGGCUCUGGAUGUUGUGGGGCUGUCCUGGUUGACACGCCUCUGCAACAUCGCGUGGACAUCGGGGACAGUGUCUCUGCAUUCGCAAACUGGGGUGGUGGUCCCCCUUUUUAAGAAGGGGGACUGGAGGGUGUGUUCCAACUACAGGGUGAUCACACUCCUCAACCUCCCUGGUAAGGUCUAUUCAGGGGUGCUGGAGAGGAGGGUCCGUCGGGAAGUUGAAUCUAAGAUUCAGGAGGAGCAGUGUGGUUUUCGUCUGCAGGGUCCUCGAGGGUGCAUGGGAGUUCACCCAACCAGUCUACAUGUGUUUUGUGGACUUGGAGAAGGCGUUCGACCGUGUCCUUUGGGGACUCCUGUGGGGGGUUCUUCGGGAGCAUGGGGUGCCAAACCACCUGAUCCGGGCUGUUCGGUCCCUGUACGACCGGAGUCCAAGUUUGGUCCGCAUAUCUGGCAGUAAGUCGGAC